AUGUCGGUGCCGUCCUCGCCAGAUGUGUACCACCGUCCAUACCCGACGGUCCGCAACAUCUCUACCAUAUCUCUCGACGACCCUGCAGCUUCAAGACCACAGUCCGUCCGGUCAAGUCCUCGACUGACGCCGAUUUUGACACCCAUCGACACCUCGCCUCUUCCUUCGCCUACCUCUGCUUCAACGAGUAGUAGCGGUGGAGACAGCAAGGGACCCACUGUGUUUGGUUUGCCAUUGAAAUACGUUUCCUUGGUCACGCUUGCUGUCCAGAAUGCAGCGCUGUCAAUCGUUAUGCAUCAAUCUCGAGUGUCCGCGCCCGCCGCGCAGUCAUACUCGCCCGCCACGGCAGUCCUGCUUAACGAGAUGCUCAAGGGUGCAAUUUCCUUCGUCAUCGCGUUCCUGCGCGUGGCGUACGCGUCGGACGCCAGCCAUCUCGGGUUCGCCGGCUGGUUUUUUGCGCUUCGGAGGGUCUGUCAAGAGAUUUUUAGCCCCGACUGCUGGAAGCUGUCUAUCCCCGCUCUGCUCUAUGUCGUGCAGAACUCGCUGCAGUUCGUCGCGGUCAGCAACCUCCCGGUCGCGACCUUCCAAGUGACGUACCAGAUGAAGAUCCUUACCACGGCCGCGUUCUCCGUCGCUCUCCUCCGGAAAAGGUUGUCGUCGUCGAAGUGGAUAUCCCUCUUCUUCUUGGCCGCCGGCGUCGCCAUCGUUCAACUCCAGACCAUCGGCACCAGGGAAGUUCCCGCGAACACGCCUGUGGGAAGUGCGCACGAGUCCGCGCCGCUUCACAUCCACAUCAUGAGCCCACUCAAGGGGUUCGGUGCGGUCACCGCAGCAUGCUUCACCUCCGGCCUUGCAGGGGUGUACUUCGAGAUGGUCCUCAAAAACUCCAAGGCGGAUCUUUGGGUCCGCAACGUCCAACUAUCAUUAUUUUCGCUUCCCCCCGCCAUCUUCCCCCUGUUGUUCCAGACCUACCACCCUGCACACGGCGGAAUUUGGGCGAACAUGCUGCGGAACUUCGGAGGCUGGGCAUGGGCGACGGUCAGCAUUCAGGUGCUCGGCGGGCUGAUCACGGCUAUUGUGAUCAAAUACUCGGACAACAUCCUCAAGGGUUUCGCGACCAGUCUGUCCAUCGUGUUCUCCUUCCUCGCCUCUGUCGCGCUGUUCGGCUUCCACAUCACCCCUUCGUUCGUGAUCGGCUCCAGCGUCGUGCUCGUCGCGACAUGGAUGUACAACCAGCCUCCUGGCAAGGAGCUUGUCUCCAUCACGAGCGUCAUGCCCGGCGGAAAGUCUCAACCACCAUCUUUCCCGGGCACGCCGGUCAGCCCCGAUGCGCCUAUCCUAGGACAGUUUUCGUCGGAAAAGAAGAGGCCAUCGCCGUUCGGUAGCCCGCGCGCCUUCGCCACAGCGCUCGGCGUAGUGGCCUCGGAGAGACCGGAAAGCGAGCCCCACUUCGGGCAAACACUGGACACAAACCGCUACUUGAACGCUCCGUACGGCUCUCCAUUCCCGUCUCGGACGCCCUCCCCCAUCCCCACCCCUGCGCACCCCCCGCCGUCCUCCCUAAACAAUUCGCAUUAUUCCGAACGGCGGCAGUAA